AUGGCCCGGGAGCUGAGCCAGGAGGCGCUCCUGGACUUUCUGUGCCAGGCCGGGGGCCGGGUGACCAACGCCGCCUUGCUGAGCCACUUCAAGAGCUUCCUCCGCGACCCCGAUGCGCCCCCGGGCCAGCAGCAGCGCCGCCGCGAGCUUUUCAAGGGUUUCGUCAACUCGGUCGCCGCAGUGCGCCAGGACCCCGACGGCACCAAGUACGUGGUGCUCAAGAGGAGGUACCGGGACCUUGUAGGGGAGGAGGAGGGGCUGCGGCGACCCCGCGACCCGCCCGCGGCCGCCGCCCCUGCAGGGGGAGCUGCGCCCGGCUCCCCGCUCCCCGCGCGCCGGGGGGAACACCCGCUGCAACCGCAGCCGGGGAGGCGGAUCCGGCGUGAGGAGGCGCCAGCAGGUGCCGCAGCCCGGGUCGCGGACGCAGGUUGCAAUGGACUCCCCGCGGGCGGCGCCCGGGAGGCGGCGCGGGGAGGCGGCAGGCCGAGGGGCCGCUCCGGACAUCGGUCGCCGGUGCCCGCGGCCGCGGUGGCGGCGGCUGCUCAGGACCGAGACAGAUGCGCGGCGGCAGAGACGCAGGGCCGCUGCUGCUGGGAAUGCCUCCAGAACGGCCUGGGGGGGCUCCCGGACCCCGCCACCGCCACCGCCAGCGCCGCGGAGAAGCCGGCCCAGGACGACCGCGGGGCUCUCAGGCCGCAGCGGGAAGAUGCGCCCGCGGAGCCCCCGCCAGGGCCUGCCGCGCCCCGCUCGCCUCCUGCCACCGUCGAGGCUGCUGCACCGCCCGCUGUCUUGUCCAGUCCCAGUCCCGCAGGAGAUCCGCCCGCGCCGGUGACCCCGGGCUCCGUGCACUACUCCACUCUGCAGCAGCAGCAGCAGCGCACUCGCGAGUGGGUAGCCAGACACCCCCAGGUACCCGAGACCCGGGACCACGGCCCAGUCCGAGCCUGGUCGGUGCUGCCAGACGACUUCCCUCGGCUGCCCUCGGAGCAGGGCUCCUGGGUCCAGGAAUCUGAGUCAGCGUCCGCGGAACCCCCUCCUCCUUCUCAGUCUCUCGUCGUUCCCACUGUUUCGGAAGUCUGGCCCGGGGAUUCUCCGCUGGCAGUCUUUCGCAGCAUUCGUUGUCAGCUGUCCCUCCAGGAUUUGGAGGACUUCGUGGAACAGGAGAGCCAUGGCAGUGAGGAGAGCAGCAGCGGCCCCAAAGAGUCCCCUGGAGGUUCCGAAGACGGGCAGCGUCUGGCCCUGGGAGCCCCACAUGGGAGAAGGCUCAGGAAUCCAGCUGGGGCCCCUUCUCCAAAGGAGGCCAGGCCCACCAGGAGCCCCCAGGGCCUCAGGAAUAUAGGAGAUGUUCACACCUCUCAGCCGGUCUCCACAGGAGCUGAUGGUCCUGCAGGCGACUCCCAACCUUUAUCCUGGCCAGCUCCCAAACUAAGGAGAUCCCUAAGGAGGAGCUCCAGAGCGGGGAGAGCCAAAUUGUCCUCCUCUGAUGAAGAGUGCCUUCAGGAGGAUUUGCUGAAAAGGAGCCGGCGCCCACCCCGGCCCAGGAAACCCUCCAGAGUGGGAGCCAUGUCCAGCCCAAGGGUGGAUGCUGCAUUGACAGUAGGACAUGCAGACAUUAAGGCUGCUGCUGCCGCUGAGCAGGAUCAUCCACACAGCUGGUGGGCCCCUGGAGGGGACAGGCCCGUGGCCUCGGUCCCCCACAGAUCUUCCGAGCACAAGUCAUCCCUUGUCCCCCUCGAUGCCAGGGAGCAUGAAUGGAUCGUGAAGCUGGCCAGUGGCUCUUGGAUUCGGGUGUUGAGUUUGUUCUGGGAGGACCCCCAGCUGGCUUUGCACAAAGACUUCUUGACCGGGUACACUGCCUUGCACUGGAUAGCCAAACACGGUGCUCUCAGGGCCCUUCAGGACUUGGUCUCAAGUGCACAGAAAGCAGGGAUUGCUCUUGAUGUAAAUGUGAAGUCCAGCUGUGGGUACACCCCGCUACACCUUGCGGCCAUUCACGGCCACCAGGGGAUCAUCAAAUUGCUUGUGCAAAGGCUGGCAUCUCGUGUAAGCAUCCGAGACAGCAGUGGGAAGAAGCCUUGGCAGUAUCUGACCAGUAAUACCUCUGGGGAAAUAUGGCAGCUACUGGAGGCCCCACGGGGCAAGCCCAUUUUCCCCGCCUAUUCGUUGGUUCGUAGCUCUUCCCCCACCAGGAAGGCCAAGAGCCGGGAAGUAUCUCGACAUGUCACCCGAAAGACUUCCUUAGCUGCACUCCUCAAAAGUCAGCACACCAAAUGGAAGCUGGCCAACCAGUAUGAGAAAUGCCCCAAUCUGAGGGAAAGAGAGGAGGACAGUGACUGA